AUGAGGACGGGGAGCACACUCAGCCACAGCAGAAGAAUCAGAAAGCAGUACCAGCCCCCUCUCUCUACGGUCCCCUCUCUCUGCCCCCUCUCCUCCCGGGCUCUCUCGCAGCUUCACCGACAGCGGAGGGACACGCUUCACGAUUCAAGAGAGGAAGGGUCGGCACAGAGGAGUGGAGACCAUAACUCACCAUACAGAAUGGCUGAAGUCUUGGACAAUUCAAAUGUCACAAUCAUGACGUCUUGUGGCGUCACAGAGUCGGCACGAUCACAAGUCCUCACCCAUUACCAAGACGAAGGGGAGUGUCUCAGUGAGAAGAAGCCCUACUCCAAUGAACACUGUAACCAGGUGCAACCAAAGAAAAAAGUCAAGGCCAAAGGGAAGUUGAUGCGUAGUGCAGCUGUUUGUGAGGAGUCGCCCCCGCUCGAAGAGAAGAACAGUAUCUCCGGCAGCACUGACAAUGACAAAAGUUUGUGCAAAACAGACAACCAAGAUCCAAAGAAAAGCUCUGAGGCCAAAGAGUCUGACACGGAGUACACUGACUCCACAGGCAUAGACCUUCACCAGUUCCUCGUUGAUACACUGAACAGUAACCCCAGGGAGCGCAUGAUGCUGCUUAAACUGGAGCAUGACAUGAUCUACUUCAUCACCAGCAAUAGCCCCUUUAAGAAGUUUCCUCCCAUGUCGUCCUACCACCGCAUGCUGGUUCACCGGGUGGCUGCGUACUUUGGCAUGGAGCAUAACGUGGACCAGACUGGCAAAUCCAUCAUAAUUAACAAAACCAGCAACACACGCAUACCAGAAAGCCGUUUUCUCGAUGAAGUACAAGAAGACAAACGCAAUGAAAUGAACACAUGGAAGACUAUUUUGAAGAGAGACAGCAGCUUAGAUGACCAGAUACAGCCUCGUCUCCACCCACUGCGAGAAAGGCAAAGUAAGUCAAUGGAAGAGCGAGAAGAAGAGUACCAAAGAGUUCGUGACCGAAUUUUCAACCCGUUUCCAAAUGUCAACCUAGAACCACAAAACACCCAGGAGACCGCCCAUACAGAAACCAGAGCUGUGGAGGAGUACAAUCCAUAUGCGGAGACCCAGAGGAGAAGGCAGCUCUUCAGAGGAAGCCGUGACAAUUCAGGCUCCAGCUGGACUGGCAGCAGCAGACAAAGCAGCUUUGACACAGACUGUCGCUAUAGCAGCGAUCCUCGACCUUGGAGCAGCACGGAUUCAGAUUCUUCUUACCAGUGGUCAAGCCCCGCCUCCAAACCGUGUCAGACCACCAACAGCAGCUGGGACACUCAUGGCUCCAUCUCUCUGUUCAGAGUCCCUCCCAGUGGCCAACACCCGUCUCCACCUCCCAUCAUGGAGGAACGGGCUCCAAACACAAACUACAUUGUGGAGAACGGGAUUCCUCCAGGAAGCAUCUUGGUCAACCCUCACACUGGGCAACCAUUUCUCAAUCCAGAUGGGACCCCUGUGGUGUACAAUCCUCCCGACAGUCAGCAGCCAAUCAGGAGCCAGACGCAGCUCCAGGGCUCGCCUCCCCAACAGCAGAUGCUGCAGUACUCCUCAGUUGCCUACACGGCUCCGCAGAUGUUACCUGUCACGCCGUCGCAGCCGUACUCCUCUAUUGAGGAACUCUCCCCUCAGUUUGCGCAUGUGACGGUGAGUUGUCACUCAAAUGCUGAAGUCCCGCCCACAUACCCUCCCAGUCAAGGUUACGUCUAUGUAGCUCCACCCGCCCCGCCGCUCCCUACCCCACCCAACUACUGCCAGCCUUCACCACAGGUGCCUGUUUAUUACUACGGCCAGUACCCUACCUCACCUCAGCAGAGUUUCCGGCCUGGUUCCCCCGGCGCACACGUCGUGAGCCAAACCGCACAUCCAGCAGCAAGUUACGCUCCCACUGUGCAGCAGACCUCCCCUCCGAAGACCCUGGGCAGCUACACCUCGCUGGCGUCUAAUCACUGCGCCCUGGUGCAGGGCGGCGUGCCUGUGUCCUAUCCCCAAAGCAAAGUAAUGGGCACUGAGGGGGGCUACUGCUGCGUCAUGCCUCCAGCGGCCCACCACGGAACCUGCCCGCCCCCAGCCUGGAGCGCGCCAUACUGA